ACCCUGUACAGCAGUGCGCGAUUGUGGCACUACAACUCCCAGCAUUACUCACGGACCGAACGAGCACCGUACAAGGGUCACAGAACAAGGGUCUGCUCACAGCACGUGGCCUGCGUCAGCUACAGAGGGAGGAAAAGCGCGGGCUGUAAGACGCACGUGACCAUUUUAGGGAUCUUUUCUCUUUUUUUAAUGCGCACAGGAAAUCCUAUCGGCCGGACAUGAAGUUCCGGGCACCAGAUCUUUUCAUAAUGAAAGUGCCUGAAAAGCCCUCCUCCCGGAGCAGGAAGUCAAAGGCGCCACGGAAGAGGACUGCGGAAUUGCCACCGCCCCCACCGAAGAGACCUAGAGCCUCAGCAGCACCAAAGGAACCUAGAGCUUCGGCCUCACGGCAGAAUCCUGGUCCGUCUCACCGAUCUGCGCGCACUACUGAAAGACCAGAAACCAGUCGCAAUGAGACCACACAAAAAACAAGGCGCUAUCGCCCAGGUAGCAGAGCACUGAUGGAAAUAAGAAAGUACCAAAAAACUACCAAUCUGCUCAUCCAGACAGCUCCGUUUGCCAGACUGGUUAGAGAAAUUUGCCUGAAGUAUACCGGUGGUGUGUCAUUCCUCUGGCAAAGCAUGGCACUUAAGGCUUUACAAGAGGCAUCUGAGGCCUUCCUUGUGUAUAUACUUCAACAUGCCUACCUCUGCAGUAUCCAUGCAAAGAGGGUCACUCUCCGUAAGGAGGAUAUACAGCUUGCAAAGAGAAUCCGAGGCAUUGAGGAUGGACUUGAAUAAUGCUUUGUGAACAAGUUAUGUUUUAUUUAAAUUUUAUAGACUUUAAUGUUACCGGGGAUGUUUUCUUGCAAAGUAAGGAAUUUUGGCUUUAGUGCCUCCUCCUGAAGGUAGUUACAUUCAAGAUCUGUGACACCUUGCAGAGUUGAAUGGCCUUCUUACCUCAUGUUAUUACCCCGAAUAUUCAGUCUUAAAAUGUUCAUACUGUUAUCUGUUCAUUUUAUCUGAACAUUGUUGUAUUUUAUAAUAAAGGAAUUUAUGGUUUUCA